GCGGUCCGGUCAGAUUUAGAGGAGCGCUACGGGUGUAAGGGGACAACUUUGAGGAGAGGAUCAAUACUUCACGUCACCAGUCGUUCGAUUAACGAAGUUAUAAACAAGAGGUGUUUGAAGAAAGAACAAAACAACCUUAUCUCCCGACCUGAGGAUGAUUUAUGGUAAUUCUGGAACAAUCCUGAGGACUCCGUACAGUAAACAGUCAACGUUUUCUUUGGCCCCGCCCACGGCCCCGCCCAGCCCAAACAGCAGCAGCAGCAGCAGCACAGCGGGCUGGGAGACCCUCAGCCGGACCAACCUGUACCUCCGGGGGCUGACCCCCACCACCAGCGACUACGACCUGGUCCAGCUGUGUGGGCCGUACGGGAAGAUCGUAUCUACCAAAGCCAUCCUGGACAAGACGACCAACAAAUGUAAAGGUUACGGCUUCGUGGACUUCGACAGCCCGGCGGCGGCGCAGCAGGCAUUGGCGGCGCUGAAGAGCAACGGAGUCCAGGCUCAGAUGGCCAAGCAACAGGAGCAGGACCCCACCAACCUGUACCUGUCCAACCUGCCGCUGAGCGUGGAUGAGCAGCAGUUGGAGGCUCUGCUGAAGGCCUUCGGUCCGGUGGUCUCCACCCGCGUGCUGCGGGACCCCUCUGGGGCCAGCAGGGGGGUGGGCUUCGCCAGGAUGGAAUCGAAGGAGAAGUGUGAGGCCAUCAUCGCUCACUUCAACGGGAAGUUCAUGAAGACCCCGCCCGGAGUGCCCGCUCCCCUGCAGCCCCUGCUGUGUAAGUUUGCAGACGGAGGCCAGAAGAAGAGGCAGAGCCACAACAAGUUUGUUCCCAGCGAGCGUGGCUGGCUGAGGGAGGGGGAGCGGCUGGCUGGGAUGACGCUGACCUAUGACCCCACGGCAGCCAUGCAGAACGGGUUGUAUGCGUCUCCAUACGGGCUGGCCAGCAGGAUGAUGGGCCUGGCUCUCUCUCCGUACGUCUCCACCGUCUCCCCCUACCAGGUGCAGAGCCCGUGGGUGCAGCACCAGCCCUACAUCAUGCAGCACCCAGGUGCGGUGCUGUCUCCCUCCAUGGAGCCCGCCCCCAUGCUCCCGCUCUCCCAGGGGAUGGGACACCUGUCACUCAGCAGCACGGGGCCGUUCCUGGCAGCAGGCAGCGGUCUGCAGGGAGCCUACCUCUCCCAGUACGCCCAAAUGCAGAGCACAGCACUUCAUGUGGAGGACAACGGCGCUCAGUCCCAGAUGGAUACGUCUGGGAACCGUUCUCCCUACUUUUACCAGCAGAACAAGUAGUGUGGAGGUCACGCACUAGUGUGGAGGUCACGCACUAGUGCGGAGGUCACGCUCUAGUGCGGAGGUCACGUUCUAGUGCGGAGGUCACGUUCUAGUGCAGAGGUCACGUUCUAGUGCAGAGGUCACGUUCUAGUGCAGAGGUCACACUGGUGCGGAGGUCAGAGGUCACACUAGUGCAGACCGCUAAAGCAAUCAUGGCUUCCUGAAACAAUAAUGCAAAGGACUCUUAAGGAUUUUUUCACCAUUUUGCACAAAUUUUGCAAUUCAUUUCUUUGCGUUUAUAUUUAGAAUACAAUACCCUAUUUUUGUUAUAAAAUGUUAUUUUGAUAAGGACAUUUAUUUAAAAAAAGAUUUCCUCAGGAUCGGAGUGUCUGGACACCAGACCUGGUGAACUGCAUCAUGGGAAAUGUGCUACAAACAAACUACAAAUGUUUGUUUGUAGUUUUGCGAUUUAUUUUCCUCCAUUUGUUCAAGCUUUGCUCAGAAGACUUUGCUCAACUUCCUCUAAAGAUGACUUGUUUGCUGUGUUUUGCUGGUGAAGAGUUCAAUGUGCUCUUCUUUGUAGCGGAAGUGUUUCAUUCUCACCACUGAUCCUGGAACACUUUGCCUUAAUAGUUUCCUCCUUCUAGUUUUAGACCAGAGAAUUGAAUGCAAUGUAUCUCAUUGUGCUUUUGAACUGAUGUGUAUUAGAAUGAUAAAGGUGUGAAUAGUUUUUUUUAACCUUUGCUGCGGGGGUUGUAGAGCUGUUCACUGGGUGUGUGGGCUCGGGGCCAGGUGGGUGUUCUUCUGUCUUUUGGUUGAUGUCCUGUCAUUUAGACCAUGUGUGUAUUUGUUUUGCUUUGAUUUGAAAUGCAAACAAUUUAGUCAACUUUACUUCACUAAAGACGAAGUGGACCUGAGGGGACAUUUGUUUGGAGACCAGGAAUCGACUCCCUGGGCCUAGACUAGAAGUUUGGACAAUGUGCCUUUUUUGUACAUUUGCAUUUGUAUCAUACAGGAAGGCUUGGAUCCCAGUGCCACAUAUGACGUCUUCACUACAUACAAACAGUUAAACGGGAAAAAUGUCAGAUAGUUGAUGGUCGAGUUCCGGUAGUUCAGAACUCUGACCUCACAUCGAGUGGCUGGCCACCGUGGCCCCCUGCUGUUGGGUUCGUCGUUCUGCCUGAUCAGACGGGAGCAGGCUCUGCAGCACCGCCUGUGUUCUACCUCAGUUCUCCUGUUCCUCCUCCUGAGGUUUGGGUUAGCAGGCCCAACCCUUCCAGACGCUCCCGCUUUAAUCCUUCCCUUCUCAGAACCCUCCCGCGUGAUGCCGUAGGGGGGAGUAUGGAAGAGGAUGUUUUUAUCAGAUCUGUACAGACUUCGUUUGAAGUUCAAGUUGUUUUUUAAGACGAAGCGUGAAAACAGAGACCCGUGGUACAUCCUGGAGCUCCGGCUCCCUGUCCACCCCCAACAUCUCUUAGAACCCAGGAACCGGCCGCAGAACCGGCCGGGAGCGGGAGCUGCUCCUAGAGGAGGAGCAACGAGUCGGGGGUGGAGCUAGAGGAGGAGCAACGAGUCGGGGGUGGAGCUAGAGGAGGAGCAACGAGUCGGGGGUGGAGCUAGAGGAGGAGCAACGAGUCGGGGGUGGAGCUAGAGGAGGAGCAACGAGUCGGGGGUGGUGCUAGAGGAGGAGCAACGAGUCGGGGGUGGAGCGGUGUGGAGACCAUGAGGGACUGAAUGAAAAGUACUCCUCUCAGUUACCGUCAUGUCAUUAAGUUAUAUUAAGAAGUAAUAAUUUAUGAAGAGUUUUGUACAGUCCGUUUGAGGAAUUAAAAGAGAUUCAUAGAAAUAUCUAUACGAAAGCUAUUUGUUUUAACGUGCCACUAAUUUGCCAGUGGUCACUUGUUUGGUCUCCAAUGGGUCGUUCCUCAAGCCAAAGACUUUAUGCUGGAUGAUCCCUUAGCUUUACCUUCUGUCCAUUUCUUUGACAUUUUUGUAAUAAAAACAUGAAAGCGUCCAGCGUGUGAAUGUUCACGGUUCGUCUCCAGACCUUCUUGCUCUAAC